UGUUUCUGUGGAUCCAUGUGAACGCAGAUUGCUUUGACAGCGUUGUCGUCUAUACGUAAAAAAACACUAAGAAAAAACUUUUCGAUUUUUAUUACAUCAUUGUCAUGUAGAGAUUGUCCAGUUUAUUACAUUGUUAAUAUUAUAGUUUUAUUUGCAACACUUGACAUUAACAGAAUUGGCAAUGACAAUGUUACAGGUUUCAUCCUUUAUUCAAACAUUGAUGAAUACAAAGUGUGUGUCUGGAAUAUAAUGUAUGUAAAGGUGCAUAGAACUGCACUGGGUAUAGUGGAAACACAACUGAAAAAUAAAGAUUAUAUUUUUAAAAAAAAUGCAGUUGAUAACUUAUAUGAGGGGCUGGCAGUGAAAUACUGAUGAAAAAUUCACAUGAGAGGAGGACUUUUAGGACUUCAGUCACCUGUAACACUAUCAGAUCAGUUCUGAUCAGUUUGAAAUACAGAGGACUAACAUGCUGUUUUCUGUAAUCUAGUAGAGUAAAAUGUACCCAGGAUGACAGUACUCCAUGCACAGAUACUUGAAAAAUGUAUGGUAAUGGAGUAAAAUCGUCCAACACAGGCCGAUUAAAGAGAUCAGGGCCCGUAUUUUUAAAGCUUCUAAGAAUCCUCUCAAACAGCUCCUAAUUUGGCUUAAAAAUUUCUAUUUUUUAUUUACCAUGCUGUUAAUGUUGUACUUGUACAAAAACACUGUUUUUUCAUGCACCUGUCAAUUUUGAUAUUUUGCGCUUUUUGGCUUUUCAUAAAGUGUUUUUUUUUCAGACUGGUGGAAAGAAAACAUCCAAAAUACACUUUUAAGUGUAUCUUGUAUAGCACUUUAUCUAUUUGUGUCUGUAGAUUUCAAUUACAGUAUAUAUUUUUAAAGGCUGUUUUCUCAAAAUGAGUUUUUUUCUCCUGCUCUGAGUCAGAAAUCUCCACUUCAGAAGAACUUAUAUACACCAAACUUUACAGUUUUAUUCCUAUCUAUAUUCUGAAGGUUUUUACAGAGGAAUUUGAUGAUAUAUUAUUUGCAUAAUCAUAAUCAUAACGCAGAACCUUUGUUUUGUCCGACAAAGCAGUCAGGGGAGUUAGUAGAUUAAUGUUGGUGGACAUGAACUUGAAAAAUGGUGUGUACUGACGUCUUUCCACGAUUGAAACAACAUUCCUUAUGAUGUUCAUUCAUGUUUAUUUGUUGCUAUAAAUUAACUAGUAGGAAGAGAUGAUCGGUUCGUGAGCCGCAUGAAUUGAGGUGCUACAGCGAUCUGUCACGACACAUUAAAGAGCCACAAAAUGGUAUUUAUUGUUUCAGUUUCUUUAAACAUUAGAAAAUUUGAAAUUUGAGACUGUUUCAUAUCAAAAGUAACCUGCUCUGUAUUGUAUUUUUCACUGCAUGAGAACAUGAUAGGCUUGUUCGACUUCAUGCAACGCUGACCGAUGCCAUCUUUGAAACGCCUCUCGGGCAUUCAAGUGCAGCUCUUAUCUCUUUGAAUGGGGAAACAUCAAAUUCUCCAAAGCUGUUUGCCAAGCUUUCGAUUAAAUUUCAUAUUUGAAAUCACCAAUGAAAUCUGACAACAACUGUUUCAUAAAUUUUGUUUCUAAACGCUCGAAUCAUGACAAAAAAAUCAAGGUUGUAUUUUCACAGAAUAUUCUUUACAUUAUGUAGGAUGAUUUUAUGUAGAAAACAGUGAAUCACGAAAAAUGACUUUAGCUAGGUUUUCAUAGGCGGGGUCACAUAUUAAAAAACUUGUUUUGUAGUAAAUGUCUUUAAACAUACGCUUCGCUGUUUCGUUGCUUUUACACGGCUUCAACCAGCAGAUGUGCUCAGUUUAAGAGCUUCAUGAAUCAUUUGCGAAUCAUCAUGGCUCAUUUGAUUCAAAGUUUCAAAAAGUCUUUCUUCUCCAAUAACAAUGGAUUUCACUGUGUUAAGGUCUACACACCAUGAAUGUUUCUAGUAUGCGUUCGAAAGCGUCCAUUACUGUCAUCUACAAAACUCCUCGACCACUAGUGCAAAGUGUUUAUGCUCAAAUUGCACAUCCCAAACACGGUAUUUGGUGAACAACUUCUUCUGCUGUGUGUGGGCAGGGCAAGUUUCAUUGAAAAGAGAGAGAGAGAAGUGUGCAAGGCUCAGUUCCUGUGGUAAAAUAAAAUGGAAAUGGCACAUUAUAAAGCUUAAUGGCCAUUGAUUUUUCUACAGCAGUCUACUGAGUGUUGUACAUCACAAAUAUGGAGUUUUGUGAUUCAUGUAAUUUUCAAGAUGAAUGUAAAUUAAAAUCAGAAUGUAUCAAAUUCAAUUUCAUGUCAUUUAGAUAUUCAUUGGGGAAAUGACUUUUUAAAUAAAUCUAUAGGUAUAGUCAGUGGUCUUUUAUUAAAUUUUACAGCCUUUGUGUUUACACACCAAUAUUAAUGUUAAGGUCAAUCUUCAGGCAAUAUUUGACUGUAGUUUUUGUACUGUAACUGAUGUCACUUAUAGAUGUAAUAAUGAUGUUCUCACGUGAGGCGUUAAAACAAGUGUGUUGUGUGUGACCUGUUAAUGUGACUUCCGCUCAUUGGCUGGUUUACAAUCGCCCUCUCUUGGUUUCAGAUCUCCAAAAUACAUUUUCAUCUUAAAAGCCUUUUUGAAAGCAACCAGAUUUCAUCAUGGUAAUGCAUUUUAGUUGUGGAAACAACACAAAGAUCAUACAGCAUCUAUUCUGUCUACUAGUAUGGUGUCAAGCUGUAGAAACAGAACUUACGAAUUUGGGAGAAAAUGUGACCAUAAACUGUGAUCUUGAUGAAAAGGAGAUUUAUUGGAUGGUACUGAAACCACCAAAUCGUCCAGUUAUGAUAUUACGGUUAUUUUCAACUUCACCAACUCCUUUUUACUAUGAUGUAGGAUUCAGAACCAAAUAUUCAGCGCAACCAAAACAUUGUCUAUUCAUUAAAAAUGUCACUCUUGAUGAGUUAGGCAUUUAUUACUGCAUGACCACUGAGGCACCUCCAAAAUUCAGCAACGGCACAAGACUUCACAUCAUUGAACAAACUCAAUUAACUGAGUGCCGGAACAACACUUUUGAGCAGAAUCAUACCGUGGUGAAUUAUACUGAGCAGAUUCAGAGACCAUGGAACAUUAUUAUCCUCAUAUCUGGUCUGAUGCAUGGUGUUCUGGUCAUUGUUGUCAUUGGUAGUGUAUGUUGCUACUCUGGAAAAAAUUUAGAACAUCAAGAGGUAGAUUUACAACAGACUCAUUUUAUUCCUUUGGAACAACUUCAAGAGUCAGAGACAAUGUAUACUGAGGUGGUCUUUUCUUCGAUAUGUGAAGAGUUUGAACAGAACCGGUGAUUUUCUGCCACAGCCCAAAUCAUAAACAGAAAACAUUGUGCCUGACCUUAUUUUAGCAGGUCAGCUUUGUUUUAAAUAUAAAAUUUCAUAGCAUAUGCUUACUUACAUAAUGAAUAAAAAGAUGAUAAAAAAAAAUGAUUAUUUUAAUUUUUUUUAGUAAAAAAUAAAAAAACAUCCACCUACUAGAUGAUGGCUAGCCAAACUCUUCUCUGCAGAUCAAGUGUAGGCAGUGUGGUUGGCUUCAAAGAGUUCAGACAAAAUCAGUAAAGUUUUCCACAUUGGUCACCUGAUCACCAGUGAAUCGCAAAGCAAGGUGGUUUAACCUUUAACAGUAUGAAGUUAAAGUAUAUAUAUAUAUAUAUAUAUAUAUACUUUAACUUCAUUGUGAAUGGUAAGAACCAAGUAAAAAUGCUAUCUCUAAUCUACAUGGAGAAGCAACAAUAAUCAUUCUAUCAAACUGUUAAAAACCCUACUGACUGCACUGCCAUUAUUUUCCAUUUGAGGUUAAAAAAAAUUGUGCGGUGGCGAUAUGUCUAAAGCGAACAUGAACUCUGCUCAAGGGUAAACCACCUGUCUAGAAAAAAAUUAGUCCAUAUGAGUCUUUUUUUUUUUUUUGUCAAGUGACCAACUCAUGCAAUAAACUUCAACUUGAACUGUACCAACUGCAGCUUAGUAAAGCAAAGUGUUUAGAAAAAUAACAUGCUGGCCUACACAAACAAGCAAACACUCUGAAAUGUUCAUCAUUCUGCACAACAUAAACUGUGAAGAUAUUUAUUACAUUUUUACAAAGCAUGUGAAAUGCUUAAUGACAUGUAAAAACUCAUAUAAAGGAAGCUGCAAAAUCCUCAUGUUGCUGUCCUUCACACAACAAAGCCGCACCAUGUACAGGAAGUCAGCCUGAACUCUGACCACAUUUGGGCUAUUUUGAAUGGUAAGAGCCAAGUAAAAAUGCUAUCUCCAUACAACUCUAAUCAUAUGAAACAGGUUACAUAUAUUUAAACAUUUAGCUAAAAAAAAACUUUCAAAGUUGAAGCCUUCUUUCCAUCUACUACAAUGCAGUACUGUCAUUGGCCUCCAGGGGGAGACAGGAGCCAUCAUCUAUCCAUCCAUCCAUUUUCUAAACCACUUAUCAUUAUGUACACAGGGAUGCUGAACCUAUACCAGCAUCUCAUGCCAUAGACAUUGAAACACCCUGAACGGUCGUCUAGACGGAGCCAUCAAGUAUUAAAGUAUGACUUAUCUGCAUACCCUUACGAAAAAGAGUAUACCAAAAAAUACAAACAAAAAUGUAAACACAACUACAAGCCAAGUAUACUUAAAGGGAUAGUUGGACUAGGUUAAGAAAGUUGUAAGCCAAUAACACCUUGAUAUCACUGAAACACUUACCAAGUUCAGUCACCAGAAAGUCACCGCUGGCAGAGACCCCCAAAAUGUGUAAAGCCGUAAGUGAAUACAACCAGUGGCAACAUACUUGGAAGAAAAAAGGCAUUACACUUUUUAUUUUUUUAAAGUCACCAUGAAAUUAAAAUUGGCCAUUCAUAUGUUUUUCAAUGGAAUAUUAAAGUAUUUAUUAUAAAUUAUGUAAAUUUGGGUUGUGCAUUUCACUUUCUAUAAUUUGAGGAAGACUUCUGUGAAUAAAAGGAAGUGCUAUUUUUUUCUUCUAGUUUAUGUAAUAAUUAUUUUAAAGAGGAUCAGGGAUUUCUCCUUAUCAUAACAUGAUUUCCUCAAAAGUGUACCUUUGUACCUUUGGUCAUGAACACAAGUAUAACAACUCACUGUAAUCCUAAAACUAGUUCUUAAACUAAAACGCCUUGAAGUUACUGUUUUUCUUGUUCUCCACACCAGUCCUCUGUUACCAACUAAUGUCAACUAAUGGCUUACAACCAGUUGCACUCUGAAGCUAAGCGGGGUUGAGUCUCAUCAGUACCUGGGUGGGAGACAUUCUUGGCAAAACCAAGGUUGUUGCUGGUGUAGGUGAUAGGAAGGCCAGUAGGAGGUCCCCACCCUGACACCUGCAUGGUUUGUACUAUCCCAGUAUGCUCCUGUCCAAAUGGUGGUUUUGUAAUGGCCUGUAUGUUUGGGUGAAGUCCACAAGACAGAAGGGUAUCCCAAUUGUGAUAUUUGGUUUUAGAAUGGUGUACUUAUGCCAGGUCUUAUUCACGUGGUCUCCACAGAGGACAGCAUACCCUCAUACUGGUGCUCCUGGAGACCUACUGUCUUGCAAAGCUUAGCUUCAACCCUAAUAAAACACACCUGAACUAGCAUGGUUCUUUAGAAGCACUUGAAAAUUACUGCCAGGUGUAAAACUUUGCAGGACAAUGGGUCUUCAGGAACAGGGUUCACCCCUGCAUUACAGCACAAUUUGGAACAAGUCCUUUAGUGUACCAGGACACUAUCCUGUAAAAAAAAAAGGCACUGUUCUUUGGAAGAGAUUCUGACUCUCAGAGAAAAUCCUUGUCACUGAGGCAGUACCCCUAAAGAUAACCUUCGUAGCUUAUCAAUGCUUAAAGUGUGCAGAUUAGAACCUUAUAUGUAUACAUUUGGCAGACACUUUUGUCCAAAGCAACUUCAAGGUAUACAUUUUAUCAGUUCAUGUAUUCCCUACCAGUGAUCCGUCCAGAUUGUUUUCCAACCUUGGCACCAGCAUCCCUGCGACCCAACAUAGGUCAUGCAGUUUGGGGAAUUGGUGGUUGUAUUCCCUGGGCAUCAAACCCCAUGACUGGUGUUGCUAGCACUAUGCUGUAAUGUUUGAGACAAAGGAACUUUAACUUUAUCACAGUGUCUAUGCUUUAUGAGAGCGGUAUGACAAAAGACAUAGAACCCAUUAUAAUAAGUGAUGCUGUCUACACUGGAUGUUCUGUGGCGCGACAGUAAACUGAUGCCAUGUUCUGUUUCUCAUGUACUCUAAGAGCUUGCAUGACUUCUGACACAAAGGAUAAAUAAAUUUGCAACGGUUACUUUGCUGCAUCCAGUGUAGACAGCCUCAAGCUGUUGCGGCAUGACAUGUCAACGGUCACGUCAAGUGUAGACUUGUAAGGUAAAUAAUAUGCUCCCUUUACGGGUGGAUAAGGUACAAUGGUGUUCCCUUGUGCUUACUACCCCAGUGACACGCUAGUGUACUCCUAAAAUAAUCUUUUUCCACAUUAUCUCUGACAGUGUGUGUUGUAAAAAAAAAAAAAUCCCAAUUGUUUUCUUUCUGUCUGUGUAACAUGUCAGUGGUUCUUUGACAGAUGGUUGGCAUUGAAUUUGUUUGCUAUGACAGGCACGUCUAGUCGAACAGGAAACAAGUUCAGAUAACGAUCACAUUAUGCAGUCUCCAUUAUGCACUUUGGUAAAAAUUUGUUUUGGUAAUUCAUCUGGAAAGCUAUCAAUGUAUAUGUGCUCUAAUGCACAAUAAAUAGUUUGGUGUCUAAUGAUGUUGCUGCUGGUGCCAUUUUGGAGUCGAGAGUUACUCAGACGACAGUUGUUCUCUAAGAAGGUAACACUCUCCUCUCGCAGUCCAUCUCAUACCAUGUCAAUCCACCUUCUAUUCAACACCACCAAUUCUGUAACAAACAAUGUUACAGAUACUGAUAUAACCGUGAGUAUUGGUGCUGGAGGGAUCAUAGGAGCUCUGAUCCUCUGCCUUCUCUUACCUAUUGGCAUCUCUGGAAACCUCUUGAUCAUCUGGAGCAUCCUGACUCGAACUCGCCACCGUUCCGUCACCACCCUCCUGAUUCUAAACCUAGCCUGCGCGGAUGGAUUCCUGAUGUUUUUAUUGCCCUUUUUCAUUGUUUAUUUGGUAAAACACAGCUGGAUCUUUACCCUGCCACUGUGCAAGAUUCUGUUGUACCUCUGCAGUACCAACAUGUACGCUUCAAUCCUUUUGAUAACACUGAUGAGUCUGCACAGGAUGGUGGUUGUCGUGUGGCGGAAACAUGCUGGUGUUCUGACAGACCGGAGGGCACUCAUUCGGGUUUUGGUGGGACUGUGGAUUCUUGCCCUCUGUAUUUCAGUACCUAAUUCGGUUUCCUGGACCACUUUCAGGAGAAAGCAAGAGCCAAAGUUUGUAGCAUGUGCUUGUAAACAUUCACAGCCACGGGAUGUGAUACUGCAGCACUGUUUGGAAAUUCUGUUGGGUUUCUUGAUGCCAUAUGGACUGAUCAUAGGCAGCUACGUGUGUGUCCUACGCAGAAUUCGCAAGACCCGGUUUCGUAGGCACAUCCGAAGUGAGAAACUCAUCCUGGUAAUUGUCGUCUCCUUCGGCCUGACCUGGCUGCCCUACCACAUCAUGAAUAUGGUGGAGGUGGCUGGUGCUUUUCUCCCAGAAGAUUCCCCUGCAAAAGCCAGACUCAAUCAAAUCUGGAUAUCUGUCCGGGGCUUCGCCUCCACUUUCACCUUCAUCAGCAGCUCUAUAAACCCUGUUCUUUACACUUUUGCUGGGAAGUCCUACAUUAAACGUGAGGGUCUGGCCUUCAUGGCACGGCUGUUUGAGAGCUCAGGGAUUGAGUCCUCACGAAAGAUCCGGCAGAGUCAGAGCAAUCAAGAACAAGAGAAGAAAGAAGAGGUCGACCAUCUCAAAGAUGGAAUCUGAUUUCACAACUAGCGCUAAUGCUAGUUUGUACAGUAAAGUACAGAAAUGGAAAAGGACCUCAGCAUAAACUUGCAGACUGCAGUGGGCUCUCAGCUGGAAAGUUAUGUCUUGUUUGGGUUGUUUUUUAAUCUUGGCAUUUGCAGUGUGUUUUAUGCAUUUCUGAAAGUUAGACUGAAUGAUGCUGUCCCUGCUGAAAAAUCCAGCAUAAACCAGCAUUAAUUUCAUGCUGGUCCAGGCUGGUUUAUGCUGGUUAGUCAAGUCAAGUCACCUUUAUUUAUAUAGCGCUUUUUACAAUGCAGAUUGUGUCAAAGCAGCUUUACAGUGAUAACUGGUAUAUCAUUUUGGCUGCACAGCAGCUCUUAAAGAAAAUGUGUCAUUGUCCAGCUUAAAUAAAUUCAGUAUUGAUUCAUUCUGUUGUAAGGAUCAAUAGUUAUUAAUUUAGUUAAUUUAUCUAUAUCAGCACUGGAGUAAACAGUGAUAUCAUCAUCCAGCUCAGUUCAGUUCGCAUACAAUGCAGGCAGAUCAAAACAUUGUUGAAUAUCAAGUGUCCCCAACUAAGCAAGCCAAAGGCGACGGCGGCAGGGAACCCAAACUCCAACAGGUGACAUUAGGUGGCAAACAGGUGUUAAAAUGGAGAAAAAAACCUUGGGAGAAACCAGGCUCAGUCGGGGGGCCAAUUCUCCUCUGGCCAACAGCGAACAGUGCAUGAUUAUGAUUCAGGCAGCUUUCUUAAGUCCGAUUGGGAUCGCAACAGUCAAAGUCAAAUUUAUUCCAGUUCUGUCUAGUUGAGGAUUGUAUUCAUCACGCCGGUAUGGGACGGUUUGUUGAGGAUCUGUGCCACUGGCUGUCAUGUCGAUGAGGCCUUCACAGGGGAUGAUCUAGUUGACACAAUCUCUGCUGACACUUCAGAGCUGAGUUGUCGUCGCGUCUAGGCGCACGUCCUCAAUCUCACCUGGAUACAGCCUGGAUCCGGCUGACUACGGUAAACCUCUGGAUAAACAGAGAGACUAAUAUUAGCAGAGAUGCCAUUCUUCUUCUGAUGUAACGAGUACAUCUGGUGUAAUAGGAAGUGUUCCCGGUUCCAGCUGACCUAAUUUAUGCAGCCUAACAAUCCUUUAACAGAUGUGAAAACAUCAAUUGAUAAUGUGUAUGCCAGGGUAAAGAGAUGCAUUUUUAGUCUAGAUUUAAACUGACAGAGUGUGUCUGCUUCCCGAACAAUGCUAGGAAGUUUGUUCCAGAGUUUAGAUGCCCAAUUGGAGAAGGAUCUACCACCUGCGGUUGAUUUUGAUAUUCUAGGUAUUAUCAACUGGCCUGAAUUCUGAGAUCGCAAUAGACGUGAAGAACUAUAAUGCAUUAAGAGCUCGCUCAGGUACUGGGGAGCUAAACCAUUUAGUGCUUUGUAAGUAAUUAGCAAGAUUUUAAAAUCUAUACGAUGUUUAACAGGGAGCCAAUGCAGUGUUGACAGAACUGGGCUAAUAUGGUCAUUCUUCCUGGUUCUAGUAAGAACUGUAGCUGCUGCAUUUUGUACGAGCUGUAGUUUGUUUAUCAAGCGAGCAGGGCAACCACCCAGUAGAGCAUUACAGUAAUCUAGCCUUGAGGUCAUGAACGCAUAAACUAACUGUUCCGCAUUUGUCAUUGAGAGCAUAUGUCGUAGUUUAGAUAUAUUUUUAAGAUGGAAGUUAGUGCUGGUUUAGUGCUGGUUUAGCUGGUGGACCAGUAUAGUCAAGCUGUUCUCAAGCAAACCGAAGCUGAUGAAGCUGGCUCGCCAGUCUUGCGGGGUUAAGUGUGAGUAGACCAGUUGUCUGUAUGCAAGCAGUGUUUUGGUGACAAGCAUUGUUUUUGUUUGCAUAUUUCUAUAUGUAACAUAUUAAUGAUGUAAAUGAAUAACAAUAUAAGAUUAGAACAUAUGAUUUAUUGUAAUAUAUAAUAUUACAUAUAAUUAUAAUAUUGUAAUAUUAUAAUUUUGUUAUUUCUUUUGCUCCCUCUUUUGAAAGUAGAACUGGAGAAAAAAAUAGUUUUAGUUAUUAUUAUUUUAUUGAUCAAUGUCAUCUGAAGUUUUGAAUAACAAAGUAAACAUUCUGUAAAACUGGUUAACAUUUUAAAGGAUUUGUCUCCUGUUUCAAAGGAUCUGCACACAAAUCAGUUCAAAUAGCUUGUGUACACUGCAAAGCAAAAACAUUUAGAGAUAUGAAAACAAAGAAAAAUGCCAAAUAACAGAAUAAUCAGCAUAAUCAUAAGCAGUUUGUUCAAUAACAUGGGUUAUGAGAAGAGCUCUUUCAAUGGGACAGUUAAUAGCAACUUGAUAAUGAAAGCUCAAAAUUAAAAUUUGCUGUUUUUAAAGACUUUCAUGCUCAAUUGGGAACUUACGUGUCAUCAUCCGGCUAUUAGUCACUGAUUCCAAAAAGUGUACAUAGUAAAAGGUGUCAAUGCAGUCAAGAGUAUGAAAUUUUGUAGACAAUAGUGAUAGCAAGUACUUUCAACAAUUGCUGAAAGACAGUUAAUUCAAUCAAAGUCAAGGUCCAAGUAAGGCCCAACUAAAGGAAACACUAAUCAUCAAAAUGGUGACAGACUUCAACAACUUUUAUACGUGUACCAUAUGAAAGAAAUAAAGCCAGAUGUUUUUGGAGUUGCAAUGAUUUUAUUUGCUGUUGAUUAAAUAUAAGGCUUAUUGUGCUGUCUGCUCAUCUCUUCUCUUUUUUUCCUGUUCUUGUUGUUCCUCUUAUCUUCAGUAAUUCUGCUUGUUAAUCAUGGUUGUCAUCACUAAUGGUCAAUCAUCACUUGUAAAGUGAUGAUUUAAGAGUCAGAACUGAACAGUGAUCGUUUAACACUGAGGAUUUUGCUCUGCCAAUAAACAUGUAA